AUGGCUAAACAAGUUAAAUUGCCGAGAGUCAGCAAGGACCAUUAUGCACGUGUGUCAUAUCUCUUUCAGGCAGCCAGCUUCUAUGCUAGUCGUGGUGUGCCUGUGAUGAGCAACAUGAUGGCACGAAACGUGGAUCUUGUAUCGAAAAGAACAGUUCUCAAGCUUCUGCCACAUUUGAAGAGGACAAUGUGUAAAAAGUGCUUUCUGGUGCUUAUUCCAGGACUCACUCUCUCAAUGAAAAUUGAAAAUAGACUGAAGGAGCACGAAAACAAGGGGAAAUCGCCAAAAGCAGAUGUUUUGGUUCAUAGUUGUUUAAAGUGUAACAAUCAGAAGCGAUAUCCCAUUGGAAAGGAUCCCGAAUAUAAGUUAUUUUGUGAGAAGGAGGGUAUUCUUCAUUGA